AUGACAAGCGAUAAGAAAGGCAGCUGGCGCUGCGUUUCUUGCCGCACCGGCAAUAAUAACUUAGCGCCACCCGACAUAAAUACCGCGCCCGCGCCUUCAGAAAGACAACAUGUUCUGCAAAAAUCGACCAGUGGUGCUCCUGCAAGUCCCGUCGUAUCUGAUCUUCCAUCGCAACUGGAUCAAGGAUUUGCGUCCGUGUUGAAGGAAAUUAAAGAAUUUCGUGCUGACUUCAGUUUGCUAAAAGUAGACCUGCAGUUUUGCAAAGAAAGCAUCAGCAAUAUCAACACAAAAUUAGAUGAGUUUGAACCUCGAUUAUCCGACACGGAGGACCGGAUAAAUAUAGUAGAAGGAAAAACAUCCCUGAUAUCUAAGCUUCAAACCGACUUAAACUCGGCAAAAAUGGUUAUAACUACCCUCCAACAGGAAAAUGAGGCACGAGAACAAUACUCAAGAAUAAAUAACGUUGAAAUUUCCGGCUUGCCAUUCAAAAAAGGCGAAAACUUAAUAAGUGUUCUUGAUUCCAUUUAUACUGUAGUGGGAUUAAAAAUGGAGGCCCAGUUUAUAGAUAGUGUGCAGCGGGUCCGACGUUUCCAGCCUGUAAAUAGCGGUGAUGGCGGCAAUGGCGAUUCGGAGCGACCUUCGAGUAUUCGUGAACCUGCGGUGAUCGUGAGGUUCACCCGUCGCUUAUACAAGGACCAACUUCUUUCGGCCGUUCGUGCGCGUAAAGGCAUCACGACUUCUUCUAUCGGCCUCAACGGGCCGGCCUUGAACCUGUACCUGGGCGACCAUCUCACUCCGGCCAGCAAGCAGUUACUUAAGCGAGCACGAGAAUUAAAGAGAGACAACAAAAUUGCCUAUCUGUGGAUUAGAGACUGCAAAAUUCUAGCAAGAAAAACGGAGACGUCUCGAGUCAUGGUGAUUGACAAUCACUUUGACUUCAACAAGAUCAAGUGA